AUGCAUGUCCCUACUUUCGGUCAGGUUGCCACCGUUGGCAUGGCUUUCUUCGCCGCCACUGCUCUUGCUGCCCCUGUCGCUGAGCCUUCUCAGGGUGGGCUUGUCGAGGUCCGCGCUGAGGGUAAUGCGGCCAUGACUGGCGCUGAACUCGUCACUCGUACUUUCUCUAAGCAGUGCAAGCGUACCUUCUGGAACCUCAAGGGUAACUGCAAGGAUGAGCAGUAUGGUAACAAGGGUGGAAACAAGGUUGACGUCUGGGGAAACAAGAACGGCGGCGGCGACAACGGUCAGUCUGGCAACAAGGGCGACAACAAGGGUGAUCAAUGGAACAACAACCAGGGAAAUGGCAAGAACCAGAAGGAUGACGACAAGUACAACCAGAAGAACGAUGACAACAACAAGAACAAGAACAAUGGCGACGAUGACAACAAGAACGAGGACAAGGGCGAUCAGUGGGACGACAAGAGGAACGACGACAAGGACAACAACAAGGGCGGUGACAAGGGUGUCUGGGACAACAAGGGUGCCAACAAGGGAGGCAACAAGAACGACGACAAGUAUGGCAACAAUGGAGGCAAGAAGGGCUCUUGGCGCCGCCAGGAGACCGAGGAAGUCGACAACCAGAAUGUCGACGGUGAAGAUGUUGAUGGCGAGGAUGUUGAUGGUGAGACUAACGGCGUUGAGGUGGAGAACGCUGAUGACCUCAACUGA